AUGAAAAAUCUUUUGAAGUUUGCUAUUUGCGAUGCUCCAUUUCGUUUUUAUGAUGAAAUUUUCAUUCAGCGUGAAGAAGUGGCUAUGGGUGAUGUACUUGGACCUAUACUUGCUGAACUGUUCAUGCAGAAGGAAGACGAAAAGAUUCAUAAUUGGACUGGUAUUAAACCUGUUCUGUACAAGCGUUAUGUGGAUGAUAUUUUUUGUGUUUUUAAUGAAGAUCAGGAUGUGGAUAUGUUUUUCAACUACCUCAACACACAAUUACAUUCAAAUUUAAGAUUUACAGUGAAAAAUGAGAGAAAUGAUCAGUUAAAUUAUUUAGAUGUCUUAGUUAUUCGAAAAAUUAGUGAAAAGAAAUAUGAAACUACGAUUUACAGGAAGCCAAUGGACACUGGUUUAUACAUGUUGUACGAGUCUAAUCAGUGCAGGAUAUAUAAACUUGGUUUGAUUAGGACAUUGGCAAUCAGAAUAUUACGGAUUUGUUCUAGUAAUGAAUUUGUCAAGAUUGAAUUGAAAAAACUAAGACAGUUAAUGAUCAUUAACGGUUAUCCGAAUAAUAUUAUAAGAAGGGGUAUCAGAGAAGCUCAAAUCAUUGUACAUCGCUUGAUGACGAAUCAACUACGGCCGAAUCCUUCAGUUAAGAUGAAGUCUGUGUUUUUCGCGUUACCUUAUUAUGGUCGAGAAACAUUGAUACUUGGUCAAAGAAUCAAGAAAUUAGCUCGUCAGCUUAUGGUAACUGUUGAUAUGAAAAUAGCGUAUAGGAAAACACUCACUCUCCAAAAUGUUUUCCUAUCUUUGCAAAAAGGUUUAGAUGUAACGGAAAAAGAGAAAAAUCUUGUUUAUUCCACACCUUGUAUGGACUGUGAUUACAAAUAUUACGGACAUACUGCACGGGAUUGGUCCAUAAGAAUCAAUGAACAUCGUGAUAAAGUUAGACUUCAUUCGUCUGACUCGAAAAUUGUUCAACAUGUUGAGCAGUUAGGACAUACGAUGGAUUUUAAGAAUGCAAAAGUUGAAGCCUUUGAAACUAGCUAUCGUAAGAGAGUAAUUAAAGAGGCAUUGUUUUCUCAAAUUUCGAAAGGAAAAUUUAUGAACAAAGUUAAUCAUGAUUUGAAUGUGUUUGGAUAG